CUCCAUUGCCCACGCCAUUGAUUUCUCGUUUUCUGCUGCUUCAAGCAAGCUUACCAGCUACAUUCGCUCCGUAUAGCUUGGUGUUCGGCGUGUGAAAUCCGUCGUCCACACUCGCGAUACCUUUCCUCAUCGCAUUGCACCGCACGCCACCAUGUCGGCUCUCAGCACCGCCGCUUCUCUAGCCGUCGAUUCCCGGCUCGCGCUCUCCGAUCGGACGGCGUUCAAGGGCCAGCCGGUGACCGUCUCGGUCGCCGCUCCCGCCAGGAGGGCCGUCGCGACGAGCGUGUCGUGCCGCGCCGAUGGCGACAAUAAGAACGCGAAGCCCUCGUUCGGGGCUCAGAUCGCUAAAGCCGUCGUUCCGGCUCUCUCCUCCGCGAUCAUCGCGGCGACGGUGAUGGGCAUGGCGCCUGCAGCAGACGCCAUGCAGAGCUACCUCUUCACUGGGGGCGUCGCCGCCGCUCAAGCAGAGGAGGUUGCUGUGGCGGAUGAGCCCGCUGUAGUCGGGCCCGAGGAGCGCGCCAGGCGCCUGGGCGAGCUGCUGCGCAAGAAGCGCGAGGAGCAGGAGGCCAUCGCGGCUGCUGCGCGCGCGGAGGCGGAGAAGAAGGCGGCGGAGGAGGAGGCCGCGCGGAGAUUCGCGGAGGAGAAGAUCCAGUCGCAGAGGCUGUUCGUUAAGCCCGAGCUGAAGCCGUCUGAGGCCCCGGCAGUGAAGGAGGCGAAGCAGCAGCAGCAGAAGCAGGCGGCGAAGAAGAGCAAGCGCGGCGGCAUGCCGCUGUUCCUCUCGCAGUUCGGCGUGCUCGCCGCGUUCAGCGGCGGCAUCGCUGCACUCUUCGUGCUGCCGGAGGAGAAGUGGAAGGAGAUCGAGGAGAAGCUGGAGGAGGUGAAGGGCUACGUGCUGCCCAUUGUGGAUGACGUCGUUGUUCCCUUCGCUGAAUCGACAUGGGAGGCCACCCAGGAGUUUGCCGAAACCGCCAAGCCAUAUGCCGAGGCUGCUCUCGAGGCCGCCAAGCCUGUCGCCGAGGCUGCACUUGAAGCCGCCAAGCCUGUGGCCGAGAAAGCCUUGGAAGCUGCCAAGCCUGUGGCGGACCAAGCUCUGGAGAGGGUCAAGGAGCUGGCCGAGCCUGUAGUGUCACAAGUGGAGGAGCAGGUGACGAAAGCGAGGGAGGCUGCUGCACCGGUGAUGUCUCAAGUGGGCGAGUCUGUGGAUAAGGUUCGGGAGGUGGCCGGGCCGGUGGUGAGCCAAGUGCAGGAGAAGACUGCUGAGUUCAUUAAGAAUGCUGAGAAGCCCAAGGCCUGAAGUGUGGCCGAUGGGACAAUACAGCUUCUAGAUUUUGGUUACAAGUUUUUGUUUUUUUUACUGUACUCGAGAUUGGCUCUGGUGGUGAGGUGAAUCUGCAUGUAACCAGACUCUGUUAUUUAGGCUAGGCGUGUCGAGUUGCAAUGACAUAUUCGCACUGUGCGCACUGUGGCAUGUU